AUCGGUAUCGUCCUCCGCAUCGCUGUGAUCUCGCUGGCCAGCUUCCGGUGCCUAUAAGACGCGCCAUGGCGACUGAGACACGGCCCACUUGAGCACUCGCUGAAGAGGACGACGGUUACUCUCCGCUGGUCGCUGCUGACACACACGAAAUCAACAUGAACGCCUGGGUCCUCAUCGCCGCCUGCUGCGUGAUCAGCGGCGCACGCGGCCAGUACACUCCCGUGCGUGGCCACUACGGCGCGGCGCUGGCGUUCGCGCCCGGGGCCGGGUUCGCGGCUGGCGCGAACCCGUACGCCGCAAACCCGUUCGCUGCCAGCGCAGCAGCGGCCGCACUGGGCGCGGGCGGCGGCGCCACGCAGCUGACGCUGGCCCCGCCAGCGGCUCUGUUCGGACACGGCCACCACCAGCAGCAAUUCGCGGCGGCGCCUGGCUUUUCAACGGGCGCUGGCUAUGGUCUUCUGGGCGCUGGAUACGGCGCCCAGGCGCCACCUUCGCUGAUCGUCAGCCCCGUGCUGCACCAGGACGGCGUGGCGGGUCUCGUGCCCGCCGGCUCGCCGAACUACGCCCGGUCCACCGUGACGCACUACGGUGGCGGCGGCAGCUCCCAGGUCACGCGGUACCAACCCACGACCUACACGGCGGGCGGCACGUCGUCCGCCGGCGCUACUGCGUCCAGGACCCAGUACCAGCCGGCACAGCAGCUGACGGCCUCGCCCGGUUCGACAAGCGCGCUGUACCGCGAGCCUAAGGCGCUGCCUUCUCUCAGCUCCCUGCACCAACUGCAGUCGGGCGCCGCUCCGGCUGGCGCUACGGUCACGGUGCAGGAGGUCGGCCAGACGCAGCUGGGCGCCCUCCACGGCUACGGCGGUGCACCGGCGGGUCUCUUCUCCGGAUACGGCGCCGCGGCUGCGCCCAGGACGGCCAGCUACGGAUACGGAGCCGGCCUGAGGGCUUACUAGCGAUGCAAUCCGCCUUUGCCAAAGAGACGUGAAGAGGACUGUUUACAGCAGUUAUUUAUUGACCAUGGGCAGAGAAUGCGCUGACCAGCACCACCUCACAUCGACAUUUGGACACAGUUGCGUGUGAAAGCCGUCGCUCUGCUGCUGCUGCCGCUGCUGCGUAACCGUGAUACUGUGAAAAGAAAAAAAAAGACAUUAAACCUGACAUUCUCACGACA